AUUCACCCACCCACCCAGCCGGUCCACCGAAGCUCCCGUGCGGCUGGCUGACUGACUGACUGGCUGACUGGCUGGCUGCCUUCCUUCCUUCGCUUGUCGCGGCUUGGACUCGAGCAGAGCAUAACCACGCGCAAAUGUCGUCAACUUAUCUUGACGUUUGCGUCCGGCCAUGAAUUUUGGCUGACGGACUGGACUGACGCCAAGAUGAAGUCAGGUGGGCGCAAGCCACCGCUGGCCCCCAAACCCAGUCUGGCCCAUCUGCCGCCGCCACCGGCAACGCCUUCAUCGGGCCAAAAACAAGUCCCGUGGCAGCGGUCUCCCGGGCCCGGGAGGAAGAGCAAACCCCCGCUGGCACCCAAACCCAGCCUCUCCGAGCCGAACUCCAAAGCGGCGGCGGCGGCGGCUCAAAGCCCGCAAACGCCGGGCCAAAACGGAGCGCCGGGUGAGCGCGUAAAGCCAAACUGGGAUGCCAUUUUCCCAUUUGCCCUGUGCAGCCAGAAAAAGUGCCGCUUGCCUCCGGGACAGUCACGUCAGCAAAACGGAGAUAGACGUUGAGAAGGGCAGAACCGGAAAGAGCGCAUCCCCGGAGAGA